AUGUUGCAUCAUGCUAAAACAGAGGCAAGAAAACUUAACAUGAAAAAAUGUUCAAGAAAAAGGGUUGUGAAUGUUGGAAAAGGAGUUAGAGAAGAACACAAAUAUUGCCAUCAGUGUGGUGGGAAGGGUAAAGAUCGUGUGAUCUACUGCAAGAAAUGUGGAUCGAAACGAUACUGUGUCAACUGCAUGACUAAAUGGUACCCUGACGUUUCCGAGGAGGAGUUUGCUAAGGCUUGCCCUGUUUGUCAGAAUAAUUGCAAUUGCAACACAUGCUUACAAGGAUUUUUACCUGAAGUUAUGCAGGGAAAUUCUUGCUCCAAACCAGAUAAACUUCAAUACUCAAAACUACUACUGCAAAAAGUUUUCCCCCUUUUAAAAAAUCUGAAUGAAGAGUCCCAGAACGAGAAGGAACUUGAGGCUAUGAUAAAAGAUAUUAGAAGUUAUCUUUUUUGCAGUGACUACUGUGGAGCGAAUUUCUUUGGCUUCUGUAGAAGUUGUACGUGUGGCUAUGAUCUAUGCCUCGUAUGCUGUCACAAAUUACGUGAUGGUCACCUUCAAUGGAGAUGCAGGUUAGAUGGUACCAUUCCAUGUCUACCCAAAGAUCUCGGUGGUUGUGGUAAAGGGACUUUUGAGUUGAAACCCAUAAAACAUGUCGAAAAUGUUAAACAAAUGUUGAAAAGAGCGCAAGAAAUGUAUGAAGAUAAUGGAAGUGGUGAUAUUCUUGAGACUUCCACACGAUUUUGUAUGUGUUAUGAUGGUAUGCAAGAAAAAUCAAAUGCAAGAUUUUUAUAUCCUCCGAGUGCAAAAGACAUUCAAGGUCGAGAUGUGAAGCAUUUCCAGUUUCAUUGGUCAAAAGGCGAGCCCAUUAUAGUCAGCGAUGUGCUUUUAAAUUCGUCAGGGCUAAGUUGGGAGCCAAUGGUUUUUUUCCGGGAUUUUAGUGAUAUCACAAAGAGUGGUGAACGCUGUGCUUAUAAAGUGAAUGCAGUUGACUGUUCCAAUGGAAAAGAGGUAAGUGUUUAUCUUCACAAAUUCCUUAGAAGAUACUCAGAAGGUGGAUUCAAUAGGAAAGAGGGUCUUACGCUUCUGAAGUUAGAAAAUUGGCAGCCACCUUGCUUGUCUCAUGGAAAAUGGCCACGUCAUUUCACUGAGUUUAUAAGAUACUUGCCCUUUAUAGAAUACACGCACCCGCACAGUGGUUACCUCAACGUUGCUUCAAUGUUGCCUGCUGUGUUCUCGGAACUAGACAUGGGUCCAAGAAUGGAUAUAGCUUAUGGAGUGGAAGAAGAGUUAGAAUAUGGAAACUCUGUUACUAAGCUUCACUAUGAUAAGUCUGAUACCGAAGGCCUGUCAGCAAACAUCAAUCAACAACGUGUAACUGGCUCGAUGGUGGAAGGUGCUCUCUGGGACAUCUUCCGGAGACAAGAUAUUUCUAAACUAAAGAAGUAUCUUAGGAAUCACUUGGCAGACUUUAAGCUUGCUGAUUGCCCCUCAGCUGAGAAGGGUUUUUACCCAAUUCAUGACCGAAAAAUUUACUUGAACAUGGAGCAUAAAAGAAAGCUCAAAAAGGAAUUUGGAAUCGAACCAUGGACCUUCAAACAAAAGCUGGGUGAUGCUGUUUUUAUACCAGCUGGGUGUCCAUACCAAGUUAGAAACUUAAAGUCAUGUACGAAAGUUGAACUGAACUUUAUUUCACCUGAAAGUCUUGGCGCGUGCAUCCGCUUACAAAAAGAACUCUGCGUGCUUCCCAAAAAUCACAAGGCCAGAAAACAAAUGCAAAAUAUUGGCAAAAUGAUGAUCCAUGCAUUAAAGCGUGCCUUGGUGGAUUUAUCUUCAAAUGGGCCCAUCAAUGAUCUUCGAUUCCCCAACGUUCCUGAAUUCUUAAAUGGUGCUGGUGCGAAAACAGACAAUUACAACCACCAUUGGUUGGAGGAUAAUGAGACUGAGGCUAUUACUGGCGAUGAGCUCAACCAAGAGAAGUUUCCGAAUGAAGUGAUCACCAUAAGUAGUUCGAGUAUGAGUAAAUCAAGCAUGCAAAGCUCCACAUCUCAAAAUGAGUCACCACCAUUCCAAACCACAGACUAUGUUGUUGAUCAAAAGGCUGCUUCCUUUAAAGACUUUAAAAAAACCGAAGGAAUGUAUAGGGGGAAUGAUGUAGGAGUGGAAGCAAAAAAGCUAUUACAAGCUAUGGAACUGCAUUACCCGAAAAUGUAUAAAUGGGAUCAAAUUAGCAAAACACCAUUCUGGCCCGAUAUUCUAAAAUAUCUGUGUACAGUCAUCAAAGGCAUUUUUGAAACAUCUGUGGAAGAACUUGUGGACGAAGAACAAAUAAUUACACUUGAAGAGCUACUGAGUGGACUUAAACCGAUUGGAUUCGAUGUGUUGUGGAUCGAGAAGAGGCUACACAUGGUUAAGGAGCUAAAGUUCGGAAAUGAUCCAUUAAGCCCGGAGCUUAUGGUACUACAAGAAUCUGUAGAGUCACUCAAGGAAAAGAUGGAUGAGAGACAAAAACAAUCCAUGAAAGCUCAUGAACUGUUAAUAAAGGCUCAGAUAGAGUAUGAAAAGGCUCGGAUAGAGUAUGAAAAGGGUAAAAAGGCUAGGAACAAGGUAAGUGAGAUGAAACAGAAGUAUAGAGAUCUUGUGUUAACUGGUCCACUUUAUUCAGGCAUGUUACGUGGGUACUAGACUAUUAUUACCACACUUGGUUUCGUUAUACCGAUGAUUAUUUGAUACUCAUUUAAACUUUUCCUUAAACUUAACUUUCCCAUGGUUAGCAGCUUAUCAUAGCUUUGUAGCUGAUAACUUGUCUUUUUAACCAUGUUUAGUUGGUGCACUUGGUUCCGGAAAAAUGUUGCCUGGGUACUAAUCGCGGUUUGUUUGUGUGUAAUCUUUGCAGUGGAUAAUAUGCAAAGUCUUAUUUUGU